GUGGGCAGUAUGCAACUGCGGCAUUUCAGAUUCGUGAGGACGAGGAGGAAAAACAGUCCAACCGCCUGACACUGGACUUGCUUCGUGACUGGCUGGCAAAAGAAGGAGAAGACAACACCUUCUUGAAACACGAGGUGUCUGCUCGCAUGGUAGUGGACAACAAGAAUGUUGACAUUGCAGCCCUCGUAAUCAUGCCGAAGUACAAGAUGGAUCUGGCCAAAUCGCACAAAGCUCUGAUGCAGCAGAGACUUGAUUUGGCUUUAUCGUGCGUGGUAGAGAACGGCGAAGCCGCGUUCCGUGAGGCUUUAGGGAACAGCGGCGUCUGGUCAUUUUCCAUGCACAAAAAGCUGAUGUAUAGGUUCACAGCUUUGUAUGUUUUGGAGACAGGGGAAGUGGUGGACGAGCAUCCACAUUUCGUUCAGAGCAGUUGCAGCGAGCAUGCGUUUUUUUUCAAAGGUGUGCUAG